AAUGCUUCCACCAUUCCUUUUCUUUCUUCGUUUGGACGAAAUGAUCUAGCAAAGCAAUUUAAUAUCUAUUAUAAUAGUCAAUGUUCAUCGAUCGUUGAAUUCUCUACACAGCAACUUGUAUACUUAAAUAAAUGAACAAUAACACGAUUUCUGAUUUCUUUCAGCUUUCGUCUUGCCCCUUUGCAGAUAAAAUAAUGUCCUGUCAUAAAUCAUCAAGAUUCAAAUUAAAGAAGCUUUACGGCACUAUAAAUCAAGAUGCUACCUCUCCAAAUUCUACUCACUCCAUCAUUCUAAACUUUCAAUAACGUAACAAUGGUUUCCAAAAUACAUUCUCUAUCCUUCUUUCUUUCUUUGCUCCUCUUAUUUUCCCUCUCCUCAGCCAAAACACCUCCGAGACCUCGAGCUUUUCUUCUUCCAGUAACCAAAGAUGCAGCCACUAAACAAUAUGUCACCGUCAUUAACCAAAGAACACCCCUUGUGCCAGUCAAACUUACUGUCGAUCUUGGUCAGCGAUUUUUAUGGGUUGAUUGUGAAAAAGGCUAUGUUAGUUCAUCUUAUAAACCUGUCCCUUGUGGUUCUAACCCUUGUAAACGUUCACUAUCCGGUGCCUGUGUUGAAUCAUGUGUAGGUGCUCCUUCACCAGGGUGCAACAAUAACACUUGUUCACAUAUUCCUUAUAACCCCUUUAUUCGAGCCAGCACUGGUGGUGAACUUGCUCAAGAUAUUGUCUCAGUCCAAUCAACUGAUGGCUCAAAUCCUGGUAAAUUUUUAUCAGCAAAUGGAGUAGUUUUUGACUGUGCUCCUAAUUCUCUUCUUGAAGGACUAGCAAAGGGUGUUAAAGGAAUUGUUGGACUUGGAAACAGUUAUGUAGGAUUUCCUACUCAAUUGGCUAAUGCUUUUCAUGUACCCCGAAAAUUUGCUAUCUGCUUGAGUUCAUCCAUAACUUCUAAAGGAGUUAUGUUCUUUGGUGAUAGUCCUUAUGUUUUUCUUCCUGGAAUGGAUGUUUCAAAAAGACUUGUCUACACCCCACUUCUUAAAAAUCCUGUUAGUACAUCAGGUUCGUAUUUCGAAGGAGAGCCUUCGACGGACUACUUUAUUGGAGUGACAUCCAUUAAAAUAAAUGGUAAUGUCGUGCCAAUAAAUAUCACGUUGCUGACCAUCACCAAAGAUGGCAAAGGAGGAACAAAAAUAAGUACUGCUGAACCUUACACGAAAUUAGAGACUUCGAUUUACAAUGCUCUUACAAAGGCAUUUGUCAAAUCGCUUGCUAAGAUUCCAAGGGUGAAACCCGUUGCUCCUUUCAAGGUGUGCUAUAACAGAACGAGUUUUGGGAGCACUCGUGUUGGUCCUAGUGUUCCACCCAUUGAACUGGUGUUGGGAAGCAAAAAUGCUACUACAUCUUGGACUAUCUGGGGUGCGAAUUCUAUGGUGGCGGUGAAUAAUGAGGUGCUCUGUCUUGGAUUUGUGGAUGGAGGAAUUGAAUUUGAACCAACAACUUCUAUAGUCAUUGGAGCACAUCAAAUUGAAGACAACCUUUUGCAAUUUGACAUUCCUAAUAAAAAGUUGGGUUUUACUUCUUCACUCUUGUUUGGUCAAACAACAUGUGCCAACUUCAACUUUACAUCCAAAGCUUGAUGGUCUUUCCCAAAAACAAGUGGCGCUUUUGGAAUAUCAGAUUGGAUAUUAGUAGUAAUAGUAAUUUCUUUUAUUUUCAAGAGGAUGGAGUUGGCCAAGAAUAAAUGUAUCCGUUUGGUUUUGGUUGUUCAUUUUGGUGACGCUCAUAAUGGUCUAGUCAAUUACUAAAAAGUCUAUGGGUGUUUAAGAGCCUGUUUCGAUGAACUUA